ACCUUCUCAGCAUAACUAGUUAUCUAAGGGAACAACAGCACCAAGCUCAAGCGUGCAUAAUAUUUGCACUGCAUAGGCUAUGCAUAGCCUACAAUGUUAGAUCUUACCCAUGAGAACCCAAUGAGAGCCUGGGUCAUCACAAUUUGAUAUUUGAAAAAUGUUGGUUUGUCAAAGCCUAGUUAGUAUUCUGAGGAAUAACACAAGGACAUUAUCACGACAUGUCACAACGUGGUCCCCGGUCGGAGCUGCUUUCAAUGCACAGCAGAGGAGAUCCGAAGUGUCUCAGAAAAACGUGGGAUUGUUUGGUAUACCAGAGUUGAGCACCCCUGAAGGUUUCCAGGUGGCCCAGCAGCGAGCGUUCAAAGAAACGGAGAAACUGGUUGACAGAGCCUGCCGCUGCCCAACAGGUGCACUUACAGUGGAGUCCUUUGACCAGUUGUCAGACAGCUUGUGCAAAGUAGCAGACUUGGCAGAUUUUGUCAAAGUUGGCCACCCAGAUCCUGCUUUUCGCGAAGCUGCUGAAAAAGCAUGCUUAAACAUUGGUACAGUAGUAGAAAAGUUGAACACAAAUGUUGAGCUGUGUAGAAGUCUCAAGAACCUAUUGGAUAACAACAAGGUUCUGGAGUCCUUGGAUCCAGAUACAAGACGAGUUGCAGAACUGUUCAUGUUUGAUUUUGAGAUUAGUGGAAUUCACCUGGAUGAAUCAAAGAGAAGGAAGGCUGUCAGUCUCAACGUCAAUCUCCUGGAUCUAAACAAUGAGUUUCUGAAUGGCUGUAAUCUGCCCAACAGGGUAGAGAAGAGGGUUCUUCCAGAGCACAUCCGACACUGUUUCUCCAUAGAUGGCAACUGCAUCCAGAUAGGAGGAUUCCAUGCAGACUCUCCAGAUGAACUGGUCCGGGAAGCUGCAUAUAAGAUCUUUCUGUACCCCAACCCCAGUCUGAUGCUUUGCCUGGAUGAGCUGCUAGCUUGUAGGGAUGAGCUUGCCAAGCUAGUGGGUUAUGAGUCAUUUGCACAUAGGGCCUUGAAGGGAACCAUGGCUAAGAACCCAGAGACUGUAAUGAAAUUCCUUGAAUUGCUGACAGACAAACUCUCAGACAGAACUGCCAAAGAUUUCAGUAUGAUGAGGCAGGUGAAGGUCAAAAUGAACACCAGAAGUACGGAGCUAAUGCCAUGGGACCACCCCUACUUCAGUUGUGCUGUGCGAGCAGAAAGGUAUGAUAUCGAGCCCAGUCAGUAUAGUCCCUACUUUUCAUUGGGGGCCUGUAUGGAGGGUCUUAACGGCCUGUUCAGCCAGCUGCUGGGGGUGUCCUUCCAGACACAGCAGCCCAUGACUGGGGAGGUGUGGAGCGAGGACGUCCGCAAGCUGGCGGUGGUUCACCAGACAGAGGGAAUUCUGGGAUACAUCUACUGUGACUUCUUCAGGAGGUCUGACAAACCAAACCAGGACUGCCACUUCACCAUUCGCGGGGGGCGGUUGAUGGAGGACGGGCAGUACCAGCUCCCCGUGGUGGUGCUGAUGCUGAGCCUGCCCCCUCCCACUCGCAGCACCCCCACCCUGCUCACCCCGGGCAUGAUGGAGAACCUGUUCCAUGAGAUGGGCCACGCGAUGCACUCCAUGCUGGGACGCACACGCUACCAGCAUGUCACAGGGACUAGAUGCUCCACUGACUUUGCGGAGGUUCCCUCCAUCCUCAUGGAGUACUUUGCCACAGACUAUCGUGUUGUGAAUCAGUUUGCUCGCCACUAUCAGACUGGACAGCCACUGUCUAAAAGCAUGGUGUCUCGCCUCUGUGAUUCAAAGAGAAUCUGUGGAGCUGCAGACACUCAACUUCAGGUUUUCUAUGCAGCUUUGGAUCAGGUGUACCAUGGAAAACCCCAAAACAGGUCUACAACAGACCUCUUAAAAGAGGUGCAGAAGAAAUUCUACGGACUUCCAUAUGUUCCAAACACUGCCUGGCAACUGAGAUUCAGCCACCUGAUUGGCUACGGGGCUAAGUACUACUCCUACCUCAUGUCCAGAGCUGUGGCCUCCAUGGUGUGGAGGCAGUGCUUCAGCAAGGACCCCUUCAACCGGGAAAUGGGAGAGCGCUACCGCCGGGAGAUGUUGGCUCAUGGAGGCAGUAAGGAGCCCCUGCUGAUGGUGCAAGGCAUGUUGCAAAGGACUCCUACCGUGGAGGAAUUGGUAGAUGCUUUAGUAGCAGACCUGGAUACAACUGAAACCUUCACCGAUUUGUCAUGACGUGAUUAGACAUGCUUUUUUUUUUACUGAACUAUGUCCUCUUUUACCUCAUUACACAGAUUAACCCAUUAGUGCACUUAUCCUGUGUGGACAUUUGAAGAGUUGUGAGACUGAAUACUUAAGAGUGCUUGCUAUGACUGUUUUUAACCUUUGACCUCAUCUGUAAGUGACACUUCUAUCAAGUAUUCAGAUACAUCCUCAGGAGUGCAGAUAACACAUUGACAUACAGUGGCUCAUAGUUAGGCCUGAAUAAAAUAUAUUGACUACAAAA